AUGCUCUCUUCUUCUUCUUUGACUCGGUGCAUUACUCCCGUUCUGUCUUCUUCUUCUUCUUUUUCCUCCCGACGGAAUGGACUUCCAUCGUCAUCAUCAUCAUCACGCUUAGUAAAGAAGAAGAACAUAAGAAGAACACAAGUAACAAUAAAAUCCGAUUUGGAACCAGAUAACAUCUCCGUCCUCGUGGCUGGUGGAAGCGGAGUCGCCAUGGACGUGUUUCGGCAGAUGACCGCCGCCGGGACGUGGGUGACGGUGUUGCAAAGACACGAGGACAACAGGAAAGAGAUUGAAUCGGUGGGCGGAUUUUUAGUCAAAGGCGACGUGUUUGAUCCGAAAUCGGUGAAGAAAGCGUUGAACUUAGUCGAAGAGUACGACGCGGUGGUGUCCACGGUGGGCGGGACGCCGGCGGACCCGAAGGCGGAUUCGGAAGGGAACAUCGCGUUAAUCGACGCCUGCGUCGCGAAAGGCAUCAAGAAAUUUGUUUUGGUCACUUCUAUCGGUACCGGAGACUCGAAAUCUGCGCCGCCGCAAAACGUGUACGACGCGUUAGAACCGGUGUUGAUUGAAAAAGAGAAAGCGGAGGAACACUUGAAGAAAAUCGCAAAGGAGAAAGGGAUCGAUUUUGUCAUCGUUCGACCGGGUGGGUUAAAAUCGGAGCCGAGAACGAACACGGCGGUGUUGACAGAAAACACGAACGUGUGCGGUGCGAUUCACCGAGAAGAUGUGGCCGCGUUGACGAUGAUGUGCGUUCUGAAAGAUAAAGCCAACGGGAAGACGUUGAGCGCGGUGGAUAAAGCGCAGUUGUUCGAUCAACCGGAGUUUGAGGUGUUUAAUGUCGGAGACGGACCGUUGAGUCCGACGCAAGAAGCCACGGAAAACGCGUUGAAGUAA